GGACCGCGCAGAAAGUAUACAGAGCUGAGCUGAAGACAUCUGACGCUUCCUUGUCGAGCAGAAAAACAUGCCUGACCCUGCAAAAUCCGCCCCGGCACCUAAAAAGGGCUCGAAAAAGGCUGUGACCAAGACCCAGAAGAAAGGGGACAAGAAACGGCGCAAAACCAGGAAAGAAAGCUAUGCCAUUUACGUAUACAAAGUGUUAAAACAAGUCCAUCCGGACACUGGUAUUUCAUCCAAAGCGAUGGGUAUCAUGAAUUCAUUCGUGAACGACAUCUUCGAGCGCAUUGCUGGCGAAGCUUCACGCCUGGCUCAUUACAACAAGCGCUCCACCAUCACAUCCCGAGAGAUUCAGACCGCUGUGCGCCUGCUUUUGCCUGGAGAGCUGGCCAAACAUGCUGUGUCUGAGGGCACAAAGGCUGUGACUAAGUACACCAGCUCCAAGUGAAGGUAGGAGCACAAGAUGGACUGAAUGGAAGAGGCGCCAACGGAGGAAUGAAGAGAUCUGUCUGCUCUUUGAUACCGCAUGUCUAUCACGGGGUUUUUUUGUUCAUCCUGCUCAAAAUUACUGCCUGAUCCUCUUUUUUUUGAAGGACGAUAAAAAAAACUGUACAGCCAUUUGCCUUUUCUGUGCUGCUUUUAUUUAAUGUCUCUCCUACUUGUUCGCAUGUGUGAACGAAUGCACAGGUUUCCUCUCAUAUGUAACACUUUGGGUGCUGAUGGCUCCUGAGUGCACAUCAUAACAUUGCUGUGGAUUGAGACAAAAAAAAAAAACCUGGGGACAGAUUUCCUGUACUGUAUGGAUUUAAAACUGUGUCUUAAUAAUGAACAUCAGUCCACAAUGAUUUCUUUUGUCAAGUCACAGAAUAAAAAAGUUGAUUCAUUUCGGCA